AUGAGAUGGGAUAAAGGUGCAACAUCAGGGAUUGUCGUUGCUGGAGGUCAAGGCAAAGGGAAUGCUCUGACCCAAUUAUCGUAUCCUGAAGAACUAUUCGUCGAUACAUGGGGUACUAUCUACGUUGCAGACGCAGGAAAUCAUCGAGUGAUGCGUUGGCACAAAGAAGCGACCCACGGUACUGUAAUUGUGGGUGGAAAUGGUUGUGGAGAAGCAGCAAAUCAAUUAAACAAUCCCAUAGGUUUGUCCUUUGAUCAACAUGGCAAUCUUUAUGUUGCUGAUCAGCUGAAUCAGCGUGUUCAACAAUUUUCUAUCAAAUAG